GUCAGCACAGCUGCCUCGCCAAAGAGUUCCCGUGAGGCACGCUGCCUUUUCCUCUACAAAGGAACGAAGAGCAAAGCAUGGACAGUGGGCACACGACUUGGAGAUGGCCUGCUUCGAAGCGAAGGUGGUGCUGGUGGAAUCAUCGCGCGGCGCGUUGCUGUGGAGGGCGACGGCGAAGACCCCUCGGAGGUUUGCGUGUCGCCGGCCGCCCGAGGCUGGGAGGUCGCUUCCGGACCGGCUGGCACAUCCCAGCAUCGUGCGAUGAGAGAGUACCUCCUGUUGAACUCUUUAGUCCCCAGGCUGCUGGGACCACAGAAUCUGAAAGAACGCUACGCCGCGAGCUGGUCGCUCGUGACCGGUGGCUCCUCAGGAAUUGGCAAGGAGCUGGCGCGAAAAUUGCUAUCCCAGGGGCUCAAUUUGAUUAUCAUAGCGCGUGACGAGCCGAUCUUCGAAGAGACCUUAAAGGAGCUAAAAAAGGAGUUUCCGAAAGCGAGUAUCCGAAGCGUCAAGGCAAACUUGUCGGACAGUUCUGGGUCCUGGAUGGCAGACGUUAAAGAGGCGACCAAGGACAUUGAUGUCCAAGUAGUUUUCAACAACGCCGGCUUCAUCGUCACAGGCUUCUUCGAGCAGCACUCGGUCGAGACGCACCUCGCCAACUUCCACUGCAAUCUCACUGCAAACAUACACCUCACCCACUACCUCUACAGCAGACUUAUCAGCAAGGGCCUGAAAGGCUGCAUUGUCUUCACAUCGUCCUCUGCGGGCUUCAUUCCAAACCCUUUCGCUGCAAUGUACGGCUGCACCAAGUCAGGGCUAUCAGAGCUGGCUGCAAGUCUUGCUGUUGAGGGCAAGGCACGUGGCGUGGACGUUCAUGCAGUGCACCCGAGCCCAGUGAAUUCUCGAUUCACAGCUGGUGGCGGGAACGAUGUCAAAGUGCACAAGAUGAACAUGUUUGACAUGGCCUACAAAAUGGCCACAGGUCCGGAGGAGCUUCCGAACCAGAUCUUCGCUGCGGUCGGCCGAUCCCCAGUGAUGAUUGAUCUUGGCGCCACCUCGGUCGGCAUGCGGUUGGCCGUUCACUUCUUGGGCUACAACCUGAUGACCUAUGGCUUUGCAUUGGCGGCUCCGUUUCUGCCUGACUACAAGAACAAUGUCAACAAGGAGAAAAUUAAUGCGCCUCCCGAGUGGGCAGCUAGCAAUCAGUUGCAGGUCAUGCCAGGUUUCAAAGAGGAGAGCCACCAAUAUGCAAUUGGGCAUGCCGGGGUUCUUCGACCAGACAGCGAAGUCAUGUUGAAGCCCAUGAGCGACGCAACAUUUGCCGAGGUGCUUCGCAUUCGGCAGCUCUACAUCGAGGGGAAGGAUGCACGGCUGCAAAGAGCACAGGGCGAGGUUGAGGUGAGUGGGUUUCCUGGCUCGCUGUCUGUCUUGAACGGCAAGCUCACUCUUCGGUCGGAAAGUUGGAAUCACCAGCCCGCAUGGCACAGGCAGAGCAGAAGCAAAGAAGAGGUGUUCCUGUACCGAGAUUCAGCAAAUUCCAAAUGGGUUCUUGGCCUCGAGCUGGGCGAUGGCCAUUCUCGCAUGGCGCAUGUGUACACUUCCUUGGAGUCACCUGGCGAGGGUCUGGUUUGGGAAGUUGAUUGUGGCGAUCGUUGGCUGCCAUUUUUGCCUGCGACCGUGCGGACUGCAACCCCCUCCACCUUCCAAGGUGACGACGCAUCGGCUCACACUGCGCCCAAGUCAAAGCGCUCCCGUGCAAAGAGCGAUGAGAAAGGAAAGCGCUCUGCAAAAGAUUCCAGCAAGGAAAGCGUGGUGCGAUUGGUUGCAGCCAUGGCUUGGAACCUUUGUCGAAGCCUUCUGAGGCGCACGUUGCCACCUAGUCUUCCCCAACUUGCAGCGCUAAGUCCCUAUGGCUUAGCAGCUCGGCAUUUUGCUGAAGCAGCACCCAGUCUGUCGCAGGAUGCUGAGAGGGCCCUUGGCUCAAUCAAGGCAACCAUGCAAGCCCAGAAGAAGGUCGCACAAAUACAUCUCUCCAAAGCCCAGAAGCGCAACUUUCCUGGCAACAUCAGGAAGUACAAGCUCAUGGGCGGCAGACCGGAGUUUCACAAUGUGGAUCGCAACAGGUACGGACGCAUCUUCGAGCCAUGGCACAGCUUUGAAAUUGUCAUAACGUCAUCCAAGAAUAAUUGCUGGGUCGUUGUGAAAAACAAAAGCUGGCGUCAUCGAACUGUCAUUCGGUCCCAUGCCGGCAACGUGGGCUACCGCGGCGCACUGAAAAAGUCCGAAGCUGCCACGUACGCAAUUGGUCUGAACAUUGCGAAGAAGCUGCGUCGACUUGGUGUCACUUGUGCCGAGGUUCACUUCAGAAAGUUGAUGAAGGUUGAAACCUGCCUCCAAGCAUUCCAGAACGUUGGCUUGCAGAUCACAAAGCUGACGCACAUGCCUCGAACUCCAAUCGAAGCAGCGGCUCGAGAGCAAAGCGGGCAGCUUCCCCAGCAGAGGAUGGCGCCCGGCGGGUUGGGCGACGGACUCACCACCUUCGACCCGCCACCGCCUCCAGGCCGACGGAUCAAGGAGUGGAGUCCAAUCGAUCGGAUGCUAGCGGAGAAGCAGCCAAAGCGGCGGACCAAGACCGAACUGCCGCCGCUCAGCACACCACCGGCGCCGGCCGUCAUCACUGCUUCGGCUCAGGUGCAGACGAACAGCUGGGAGUGGCUGCUGAAAGAGGCGUUGGCUCCCGAGCAUGCAAAGUACCAAGCCCAGAACCAAGCUCUUCAGACUGAGCUCCAGGCUCUCGAAGUCCGACUAAACCAGACGAUAGCCGAUCUCGAAGCAGAGCGAGAAGCCCACACCCAGACGAGAUCCUGCUGGGAAGAGGAGCGUGCAUCCCUGGAUGAGCGUCAAAAGAUGCUGGACGAUCAGAGGAAGUCAAUGGAGUCCCAAAGGCUGCAGUGGACCCAAGAGCGAGAGGCUCUCGAGGCUUCGCUAGCGCUGCUUAAAGCAGAGCUGCGCAGCGCAGCCACCGAGGCGGAGUCUGAGCGCUAUGCCUGGGAGGAGACCGAGAAGGAGUUGCGGGCACAGCUAGAGACUGCACGACAAGCGCGACAGCAGAGUCGAGAAGAGGCCGAGGAUCUGUCGCAUCGCCUGGACCGCAGCCAGGACGAUGUCAAAGCAUUGCAGAAGCAGAUGGCUGCUCUCCGAGAAGAGCAUGCCGCGGUUGCCAAGGAGCGCGAUGACUUGCUCCAACGCCUGGAAGACGAGCAAGCAGAGAUGAUAGCAAGAGUAGCCGCAGUGGAGGAGCGGCUCUCCCAGCGAGGCUCCAAGGGCACUUCGAGAUGA